CUUUAAUAUAUUAAAUAAAAUGAAUUCUUAAGGAUAGGGAUUUAAGUUGUACAGUUCUAAUCAGAAUAAUGAAAUAAUAAAUAAACGAAGAAAACUUAGUAUUGGAAGUGAAGGUAGUGAUUCAACUGGUGAAAAAUUAAAUGAAAGCUUCAAUAGAUUAACUUUAAGUGCUGGAAAUCCAUAAAGCUCUUUCCAACCUUUUGUUAAGAUUCCUAUUACUUAAGUUCGACCUCCAGAAAGACCUUUAACUCAACCUUCUUUAAUGAUGGGAAUUUAAAAAUAUCUGAAAUUAGGAGAAGAUUUGGAGGCUGAAGAUCUCUUAACAAAACCUUAUAAUGAUCUUUAAUAAAUCUAGAAUCUUCAAUAAUUACCUCAGUAGAGACUACAUUUUAUACCAUUUGGAAUGCCUUCAAAUUAUGAAAAAUUAAUGUCGGAGGCAAAGAAUGUUUUAAAAGGUGAAAUAAAAGUUGAAGAAGAAAGAUAAAAAAGAAAUAUAGAUGAUUUUUUGAUUGAAUAAAAACUAUUGAAUCCAGGUUAAAAAUUAAGUAAAGAAGAAAGGGCAGCUAAGGUGAAAGCAUAUUUAGAAAAAAAGCAUAAUCGAUUAUGGAAAUAAGUGAGGUACUUUAUUGAUUUAAUAAUCCACAGAUACCCAGUUAGAAAAAACCUUGCUGAAUUUAGAGAGAGAGUAUAAGGAAGAUUUACAAAAUCUGAUAAACCAAGAUUCAAUUAAAGUCUAAUACUAUUAGAUAAAGAAGAAAGAAAAAUGGAAACAUUAACUAAUUCAUAUGCUUGA